AUGAUGAUGAUGAUGAUGAUGAUUAUGAUGAUGAUUCUGAUGAUGACGAUGAUGAUGAUGACGAUGAUGUUCUUGAUGUUGAUGAAUGGGAUGCUGACUGAUGAUGAUGAUGAUGAUGAUGAUGUUUCGGAUGAUGAUGAUGAUGAUGAUGAUGAUGAUGAUGAUGAUGAUGAUGAUGAUGAUGAUGAUGAUGAUGAUGAUGAUGAUGAUGAUGUGAUGAUGAUGAUGAUGAUGAUGAUGAUGAUGAUGAUGAUGAUGAUGAUAAUGAAGAUGAUUUGA